AUGUCUCUGGUGAAGAAGAGUCUGAGUUCAAGAGUUGAGAAUGUUGAAGAGUUAUCAUUGUUGGACUUGCCUGAGCUGACCUUAGAAUGCAUACUUGAAAAGCUGCCUCCUUCAUCACUCUGUCAUAUGGCUGGUGUUUGCCAUUCCUUGAGAGACAAGUGUGUGAGUGAUUACUUUUGGGAGAGGCACAUGAAGAAAAAAUGGGGUGGAGUUAUUGAUCAAGCUGCUUAUAGGGAAUGGAAAUGGUAUGUUGCUUCCAAAAGGGGUGUUAAGGAUUUUAAACAUGGCACACAAAGAGGCUUCUUGAUGAGUUAUUUCUCUAUUCUUUGGCCUUUUCAAUGGACGAAAUUAAAGGUUGAUGAUGGAAUUGAUAGUUGCAAGAAGAGGAGUUCUUUGGUUGUUGAUUCUGUUAUGAAUUGGUAUCUUGCUAUUGAGACUGGCAGCUUCUGGUUCCCUGCUCAAGUCUAUAACCGCGAGAACGGUCAUGUUGGAUUCAUGUUGUCUUGCUAUGAUGCUCAAGUUAGCUAUGAUUCGCAAACCGAUACCUUUCAAGCAAGGUAUCCUGCACAUGGAAGAAGAGGAGAUGCUAGAGAGUGUGGCAUUCCAUGGAAAAGAUUAAGAGCACCUCCUGUUAAUACUUGUUCACAUGAUCUUCAUAUCUCUGAUUGUUUAGAUGAUUUGCAUCCUGGUGAUCACAUAGAGAUUCAGUGGAGGAAAAACAAAGAAUAUCCUUAUGGUUGGUGGUAUAGUGUUGUAGGCCACUUGGACUCAUGUGAUGGGAAUGAAAAUCAUUGCCGCUGUCAUAUUAGUGACACAGUGGUGCUAGAGUUCAAGCAUUACACUCCUGGUUCAAGAUGGAGAGAGACAAGUAUCAAUAGAAAAGAUCAUAGAGAGGAAGGAAAUGAGGUUGAUGGAUUUUAUGGGGGAAUAAGAAAGAUUGAGAGUGAGAAUGAAAUUUCCAUAUGGAAACUAAUGUGGCCAUCUCAAGUCAUGGAGUAG